UGGGAGGGAAGCAGACGUAGAAGCUGAGCACAGAGAGACUGGAGACAGAAAGAGAAAGAGAGAGAGAGUUUUCUUUAGGAAGUCAAGCACGACAGAAGAGGACAAGCUGCUUGGGUUUUUUUGUUUUUUUUUUUUUUUUUUUUUUUGCAUGUGUCCCCCCCCUCCACAAAACAAUCAAAACAGGACUAGACUGAUCUAAGUCGCAUUUCUUGGGCUUGUGAAGACAAAAAAAAAAAGAAAAAGAAACACUGUUACCUUUUCUACCUUUUUUUUUUUUUUUUCCUUCCCAUCCUCUUUCUCCCAUACGUUGUGUGAGCUUUGCUUUCAGCAGAAGGACUUCUGCAGCAGUAGUAGCAGGUUUGUAAACAGGGGGGAGAAAAAGAACAUCUCACGAAAGGCAGUAAAAGGAGUUUACGGAGCUGUGGAUCAGUCAUGCCCAUGAGAGGCUAUAGGGCAUGGAAGUGGGCGCUGCUCCUGUGUGGCACCCUGUUCGCCCACAGUGCCACCGCGUGCCCGGCUCUGUGCACCUGCAGCGGCACCACCGUGGACUGCCACAACCUGGGGCUCAAGAGCAUUCCCAGGAACAUCCCGAGGAACACGGAGCGACUGGAACUGAAUGGGAAUAACUUCACCCGCGUCAACAAAAAUGAUUUUAGUGGACUCAAAUACCUUCGUGUCCUGCAGCUCAUGGAGAACCAGAUUGGAGCCAUUGAGCGGGGGGCAUUUGAUGAUAUGAAAGAACUGGAAAGACUACGUCUAAAUAGGAACCAACUCUACCAGCUGCCAGAGCUACUGUUCCAGAAGAAUGCUGCAUUGUCACGACUAGACCUAAGUGAGAACUUCAUCCAGGCCAUUCCCCGCAAGGCCUUCCGUGGAGCUACGGACAUCAAGAACCUUCAAUUAGACAAAAAUCACAUCAGCUGUAUUGAGGAUGGAGCAUUCCGAGCACUUCGAGGACUGGAGGUUUUGACACUCAACAACAACAACAUCAGUGCCAUACCGGUGUCGAGUUUUAACCACAUGCCAAAGCUGAGGACGUUCCGAUUGCACUCAAAUAAUCUGAAUUGCGACUGCCACCUGUCUUGGUUGUCCCAAUGGCUGCGACAGAGACCUACACUUGGUCUAUUCACCCAAUGCUCGUCCCCACCACAACUUCGUGGGAUCAACGUAGCCGAGAUCCAGAAACACGAGUUCAGUUGUUCAGGUCAUUCCGAGAAUUCCAGUCCACAAACAUGUAAUCUUGCUUCUGGUUCCUGCCCUGCCAUGUGCUCCUGCAGCAAUAAUAUAGUAGACUGCAGGGGAAAAGGACUUACCGCCAUUCCGGCCAACCUGCCUGAAAACAUGGCUGAAAUACGACUGGAACAGAAUGGCAUCAAGUCCAUCCCACCAGGAGCAUUUUCACCUUACAAGAAGCUGCGCCGAAUUGACCUCAGCAACAACCAGAUCUCAGAGAUUGCUCCUGAUGCCUUCCAAGGCCUGCGUUCCCUCAAUUCUCUGGUGCUGUAUGGGAAUAAGAUCACUGAGUUACCCAAAGGAGUUUUCGAUGGGCUUUAUGCCCUCCAGCUGCUACUACUGAAUGCCAAUAAAAUACACUGUGUCCGUGCUAAUGCAUUCCAAGACUUGCAGAAUCUUUCCCUGCUGUCUCUCUAUGACAAUAAGAUCCAGACCCUGGCCAAGGGCACCUUUGCCUCACUGCGUGCCAUUCAGACGCUUCACCUGGCCCAGAACCCAUUUAUCUGCGACUGUAACCUCAAAUGGCUAGCUGACUAUCUCCGUGCCAAUCCGAUCGAGACGAGUGGUGCAAGGUGUGCUAGCCCACGUCGCCUUGCUAACAAGCGCAUCGGCCAGAUCAAGAGCAAGAAGUUCCGCUGUUCUGCUAAAGAGCAGUACUCCAUCCCAGGCACAGAGGAUUCCAGGUUAAACAACGAAUGCAACAAUGAACCUGUCUGCCCAGCCAAAUGCCGUUGCGAAUCCAACGUGGUGGACUGCUCCAAUCUGCGCCUAAUCAAGAUCCCUGAACACAUCCCAGCCUCCACUUCUGAACUUCGUCUGAACAACAACGAAAUCACUUCUCUGGAAGCUAACGGCGCAUUCAAGUCUCUGACGCAGCUGAAGAAAAUAAAUCUCAGCAACAAUAAGAUUGCUGAAAUUGAAGACGGUGCGUUUGAGGGCGCAUCGUCCGUCGCGGAGCUCCACCUGACCGCCAAUCAGCUGGAUUCCGUGCGCAGUGGCAUGUUCCAGGGGCUGGAGGGGCUUCGGAUGCUGAUGCUGCGCAACAACCGUAUUAGCUGCAUCCACAACAACAGCUUCACCGGCUUGUACAAUGUUCGUCUUCUGUCCCUUUAUGACAACCAGCUAACUACCAUUUCACCUGGAGCUUUUGACACCCUUCAGACCCUCUCAACUCUGAACUUGCUGGCCAACUCCUUUAACUGUGACUGCCGGCUGGCCUGGAUGGGCGACUGGUUGAGGACUCGCAAGAUUGUCACCGGCAACCCGCGCUGUCAGCGCCCUGCUUUCCUGAAGGAGAUUCCGCUGCAGGAUGUUGCUCUGCCGGAUUUCCGCUGUGAAGACGGCCAAGAUGAUGCCAGCUGUUUGCCACGCCCACAGUGCCCAAGCGAGUGUACUUGCCUGGAGACAGUUGUCCGCUGUAGCAACAAGCACCUUCAUUCCCUCCCUAAGGGCAUCCCUCGUAAUGUUACUGAACUGUACCUGGACGGCAACCAGUUUAGCGCCGUGCCAAAAGAGCUUGCCACCUUCAAGUAUCUGCAGCUGGUUGACCUGAGCAACAACAGAAUUAACGCUUUGACGAACUCCUCCUUCGCCAACAUGAGCCAGCUUACCACCUUGAUCCUGAGUUACAACGCACUUCGAUGCAUUCCAACUCUUGCUUUCGCAGGACUUCGCUCUCUCCGUCUGCUGUCCCUGCAUGGUAAUGACAUCUCCGAGUUUCCUGAAGGGAUCUUCAGUGACGCUGUGUCUCUUUCUCACUUGGCCAUUGGUGCAAACCCGCUGUACUGCGACUGCCGCUUGCGUUGGCUCUCAGACUGGGUAAAGACGGGCUAUAAGGAGCCGGGUAUUGCUCGCUGCACCGGGCCACCAGAGAUGGAGGGAAAACUCCUCCUCACCACACCAGCCAAGAAGUUUGAGUGCCUCGGUGAAGCUGAUCCGUCUAUCGUGGCUAAGUGUAACCCGUGCCUGUCUAAUCCCUGCAUGAACCAUGGCACAUGCCAGACGGAUUCUACAGAACUCUAUAAGUGCACGUGUGUAGAAGGCUUCAAGGGAAAGAACUGCGAGACGGGUAUCAACGCAUGCAUCAGUAACCCGUGUGCCAAUGGUGGAACGUGCCAAUUGACUAAAGAUGAAGACAGCUUCGUUUGUUCAUGUCCCCUGGGAUUCGAAGGCCAAAGAUGUGAAAUCAACACUGAUGACUGUGAGGACAACGACUGCGAGAACGGAGCAACCUGCAAAGACGGCGUGAACAACUACACAUGCUUGUGUGCACCUUUUUAUACAGGAGAGAUGUGUGAAGAGCUGGAAGAUGUGUGUGCUCCUGAACGCAGCCCCUGCAAGCACCAAUCGACCUGCCUGAUCACAGCAGCUGGCCCUAAGUGUGUGUGUGCUCCUGGGUACGUGGGAGAUGACUGCGGGGUGAACUAUGACGACUGUCAGGAUCACAAGUGCCAGAACAACGCAGAGUGCGUGGAUGAGAUCAACGGUUACUCCUGUGCUUGCAUUCGAGGUUACAGUGGGCAGCUGUGCGAGGUGCCACCUGCACCACUUUCCCCAUGCCAGUUGGCUGACUGCCAAAAUGAUGCACCAUGCAUGGAGCGAGCAGGCCGGGCACUGUGUCAGUGUCUGCCCGGCUUCGGUGGCCCACGCUGUGAGAAGUUGGUCAGUGUCAAUUUUGUAGACCGGGACUCAUAUCUGCUGCUGAGCGACUUGAAGAACUGGCCUCAGGCCAACAUUACCCUUCAGGUGUCUACUGCAGAGGACAAUGGCAUCCUCCUGUAUAACGGAGACAAUGACCACAUUGCUGUCGAACUUUUCCAAGGACACGUCAAGGUCAGCUAUGACCCUGGCAGUCAACCUGGCCAUGCAAUUUACAGCACGGAGACUAUUAACGAUGGUCAGUUCCACACGGUGGAAUUGGUGACCUUUGACCAGAUGGUGAACCUAUCAAUCGACGGUGGCGUGCCCACCACCAUGGGCAGCGUGGGAACAGUGAGGCCCCUCAAUGGAGACACUCCGCUAUAUGUGGGGGGUAGGGGCCCAGCGCAGAUACCUCGCUCCACUGCAGGCAUGCCCGUUGACGUGCACUCAUCAAUAGCUCCACGUGCUUGGCACAUUCAGAACGGUUCCAGUUUCCAUGGCUGCAUCCAGAACCUGUAUAUCAACAACGAGCUGCAGGAUUUCACCAAGACCCAAAUGAAGCCUGGUGUAGUGCCCGGCUGUGAGCCUUGUCGAAAGAUCUACUGUCUGCAUGGCAUCUGUCAACCGGAUGCUGCUCUUGGUCCUGUUUGCCAUUGUCAGCCAGGCUGGAGCGGCCAGCACUGCGAUCAACCCAUUGCUAACCCAUGCCAGGGCAACAAGUGUGUGCAUGGAAAAUGCAUCCCGCUGGACAUGCAGUCCUACCGCUGUGAAUGUCAGGAAGGUUACCGCGGUGCUCUGUGUAACCAGCAGGGAGAACUCUUUAACCCAUGCAGAAGGUUACAGUGCAAGCACGGCCGGUGUCAGAUUUCUGACUCGGGUGAUGCGCACUGCCACUGUGAGAACGGAUACACUGGAGAAUUGUGUGAUCAAGAAUCAGAGUGUCGCGGUGAGCCGGUGCGGGACUUCUACCAAGUGCAGCGCGGCUAUGCGAUCUGCCAGACGACGCGCACGCUCUCGUGGGUGGAAUGCAGCGGAGCAUGCCAGCCUGGAGCCUGCUGCGCCAGCCAGAGGACCAAACGCCGCAAAUACACGUUCGAGUGCAGCGAUGGCACCUCGUUCAGCGAAGAGGUGGAGAAGAGCAUCAAGUGCGGCUGCGUGGGCUGCAUGUAGUGCAGAGAAGGGAGGCAGAAAGAGAGAGAGAAAGAGAGUAAGCAAGAAAGAGAGAGAGAGAGAGAGAAAGAGAUGGCACGAGUCAGAGAGUAUACAAAAAUAUAUAAUAAAACUAUAUAUUAUGGACAACGACAUUUGUAAAAAUAGAGGACUUUUUUUUUUCCCUCCCUCCGUGAACUCCCGAAGGGUAUCGACAGAGCCAAAAAAAAAAAACAUCAAUCACGAAAACAAACAAAAAAUAUAUUGUAUCUGUGAAACGUUGUCAGAAACACAAGGAAACGACAAAAAAAAAAAACGUGACUGAGAAGGCAUGAGGUGUCGCACGAUUUCCAUUCGAUUCCUGUUUUCCAUCCUUCGUCCAGGCCUCAGACAGUCAGAGCAACUAACAAAGAGCUUCCGACUUGGCUUUCUCAGAUAGAGUGCUAGAGGAGCAUUGGACGAAAAAAAAAAAAACAAGGCUUUAUUUUUCUGCAAACGCACCACAUGGGCUAAACGAAUGUCUCGGUAACGCCGAUGACGCGCGGUCCCGCCACUGUCAAUAACACUGAACUUUUCUAUAAAGUACCUCUAAACCUAUACACACACCUACAAGACAUAAUCAAUAUUAUAGACAAUGUAUACUGACUAAUCGACCGUACCGGACCUGAGAACGUACAGCAUUAGAUAUGAUGCUUCAGGCACGUUGGGCUAACAAGUGAGUAGCUAAUGCGAAGGACAGGACGAGAGAUAACGGAUAACGAACAAGCUAGCUACGUUUUUUUGUGCUUAGCAUUCCAUUGACGGUAUUGAAAGCACACAUCAACUUACAGAGGGUUUAGCGACAUUCAGAAUCUUCCACAGGGUGUCUUGUGAAGGUUUGGGCCCUUGAUCUCUUUGUCCUUGCUUGGACGGGGAUGAUGGUUUCCUUGUAUUUUUUUUUCUGUCAGCGUGUUUUCUUGCACUGUCAUUUGUGUCCCUGUUGAAAUAAAGCAGGUGACAGUGUGUUUUUGUUGGUUUUUUUCUUCCAAUUGUGGUGUCCAUCAUCACGUAAAUAUUUGUUAAGACCCCAGUAUAGACGAAUGUGUUGCCUUUUUUAGUUCGUAUCAAUAAAUUCUCGUAGGCGUGUUUUAUUUUAUUAUUAUUAUUAUUUUUUUUUUUUUAAAGAGCCCCCCCUGUCUGUUUCGCAAGGAUUCUAUUCGUCUUCAAAUGCACGACACUGCAUUUGUACAGCUGAGUGCAAUUACCGCCUCGGACACUACACACCCCGGUGGCACCAUUCACCCAGCAUGCAUUGUGUUCCCCUUUUCCUCAACUUCAACAGGAGCAAAUGGUCUCCUCUCGAUGCCUGCAGCAUUACCUGUGCAAAUUUUUUGCAUGUUUGAAAGACUUGCGAUUUGAUAUCUAAACAUCAAUAGUACGCUGGUUUUUGUUUGUGUGUGUGUGCGUGUGUGUGUCCUAAUUUCAAUGCUUUUUUUUUUUUACAUUGCAUUGCAUUUUUUUGACUUUUUUUUGUUUCCUGAUGUAACCUAACUCAUUUAGCCGUCUCUUUAUACAGAAAUGCCUAACAGAUUCUAAUAUAUAUUUGUAUUUCUUUUUGAUUUUGGUAUAGUAUUUUUAUAUGUUAAAGAGUUAAUCUGUGUGGGUUUUUUUUUUUUGUUUUUGUCUUUUGGGAAGUUGCUGUUGGAAAAAGGCAGAAUGACAUUUGGCAGACUUCAUCGGAUGCUUUUUUUUUUUCUCCAAUUUGAAUUACUUAUAGAAAGCUAAAAAAUACGAAUUAGCAAUUGGCUAAAAAUGAUAAUAAUAAAAAAACAAACAAAAAAAGAACAGUUCUAAUAGGAGCCAGUAUUGAUUUAGGGGACAGGUGGAUCUUGUAUACGUUGUCUUCCAUGUGUAUAUUACAUCUAAUACUGUGUGCUUUUUUUUUUUUUGGUAUUUAUUUUCCUAAGGUUUCCUAAACGUGGCAUAAACAGAGUAACGAAAUUUUCUUCUUUUUUUUUUUAUCUCCUUUUAUCUUUUUAUCAAUGAGCAUAAAAGUAAAAACCCAACACUUUCUUUCAAAUUCCUGUAUUUAUGAUCUCAUUGUUAAAGCUAAAAAACAAGGGCUGCCUAACACAUUGCAGUUUGAUGAGCCCGAGAGUUGAGAGGCAACGCAACUGCGAGCAGAAAAGAUUGUACCUCUGACUUUUUUUUGUUAAUAUUGUUGAUGUAAUUGUAAAAUUUUUGGAAAUAUAUAUUUUAAGUGGUCUUAUUACUUUAAUUUCUGAGAACAAAUUGCUAGAUACUAGAUAGGGUUACUACUCACUAAUUGCUUGCCAGCAUCACCCAAGCAUCGGUACCAAUGUCAUAGACUUUUUGAUCGAUAUUAUGAUCGAGUCGUACUCUUUAGUGAAGCUAUUAGAAGUAACUUAAUAUGUCGUAUGUUCACACUUCUAUCGGUAAAUCGUUUGAGUUUGUUUUGGGGGGUUGUGUGAACAGGGACAAACUUCAUCCUGUAUUUUUCUGCUGCUGUGGAUGCUAUAAAGCACUCAUUUUUUUUUUUUUUUUUUUU